CGGAGCACUCCCUCCCCCUCCCCCCCCUCCUCCUCCUCAUCUCUCUCUCUCUCUCUCUCUCUCUCUCUCUCUCUCUCUCUCUCUCUCUUCUUCUCAUCAUUCCUGUGGAUGCUCCGGGAUGACAGCGUGAAGCGGGGCCAGGAGCUGUCGAGGUACACGCGCCCCCCCCCCCCCGACCCCCCCCCGCCCCCGCCCCUCUUCCUCCCUUCAUCGACUCGGAUGCGGACAUGAAUUCGGCGGAGCAAACGGUGACAUGGCUCAUUACGCUCGGCGUGCUCGAGUCGCCCAAGAAGAGCAUCGCGGACCCCGAGGCUUUCCUGCACAACUCCCUCAAGGAUGGCGUGGUGCUCUGCAGGCUCCUGGAGCGCCUCAGCCCCGGAUCCACGGAGAAAAUCUACCAGGAGCCCAAGAACGACGGCGAGUGUCUGAGCAACAUAAAGGAGUUUGUCAAGGGCUGCACAUCUUUCCGCGUCGAGCCGUUUGAGGCCAGUGACCUGCUGCUCGGCCUGAACUUCUCCAAGGUGUUGAGCAGUCUCGUGGCUCUCAAUAAAGUCACGGCAGAUAUUGGCGUGGGCAGUGACUCGGUGUGCGCCCGACACUCUUCCGCCCACCGCAUCAAGUCCUUUGAGUCUCUGGCCUCCCAGGCUUCACUGGGUCGAUCCUCCAAGCUGCUGCAGAUCCAGUUUCGCAGUCUGGACAUGUCAGAGAACAGCGGGCAGCAGCUGCUGGUGAAGGCGCGUUUCAACUUCCUGCAGACCAACGAGGAUGAGCUCACCUUCAACAAGGGUGACAUCAUCGGUGUGACUCGUCAGGAGGACGGGGGCUGGUGGGAGGGGACCCUCAACGGCAAGACGGGAUGGUUUCCUAGCAACUACGUCCGUGAAGUCAAAGGCUCCGACAAACAAGUGUCCCCCAAGUCUGGUACCCUUAAAAGUCUGCCUAAAGGCUUUGACACAUCUGCCAUUAGCAAGACCUACUACAACCUGGUGUUGCAGAACAUUUUAGAAACAGAGACUGAGUAUUCCAAGGACCUCCAGAGCCUCCUAACAAAUUACCUGCGGCCUCUUCAGAGCUUCGAGAAGCUGAGCGGCUCUGAUGUAUCUCUGAUCCUGGGAAACCUGGAGGAGAUCUGCACCUUCCAACAGAUGCUCGUCCAAUCAUUGGAGGAAUGCACCAAGCUUCCAGAGAGUCAGCAAAGGGUGGGCGGAUUCUUCCUCAACCUCAUGCCCCAAAUGAAGGCUCUUUACGUGGGUUACUGCUCCAACCACCCCUGUGCGGUUAACGUGCUCACGCAACACAGCGAGGCGUUGGGGGAGUUCAUGGAGGGCAGAGGUGCGGUCAACCCCGGGAUCCUCACACUGACCACGGGCCUGAGUAAACCUUUCAUGAGACUGGACAAAUACCCCACCCUGCUCAAAGAGCUGGAACGCCACAUGGAGGAGAGUCACCCUGACAGAAGUGACAUCCAGAGGUGCAUGGCCACUUUCAAACAUCUAUCUACGCAGUGCCAGGAGGUUCGCAAGCGUAAGGAGCUUGAGCUGCAGAUCCUGACGGAAUCCAUCCGUCUGUGGGAGGGUGACGAUAUCAAGACCCUGGGCUCUGUGCUGUACAUGAGCCAGGUGCUGGUGCACACUCCUGGGGCGGAGGAAAAGAGUGAGCGCUACCUCAUGCUCUUCCCCCACGUCCUCCUCAUGUUGUCGGCCAGCCCCAGGAUGAGCGGCUUCAUAUUCCAGGGAAAACUGCCUCUGGCCAGCAUGUCGGUGAGCAAGCUCGAAGACUGCGAAGCCCACAAAAAUGCCUUUGAGCUCAGCGGCUCCAUGUUUGAGCGUCUUCAGGUGUCGUGCACCAACCAGCAGGAUCUGCAGGACUGGGCGGAGCAUCUGACGCGGCAGAUCAAGCACACUGCAGCCACAGCGCCGAGCCACAAACCUCUCAAUGUUCCCUGCCACACGCUUCCAUCCCAUCCUGUCACCCCGUCCCGGCACGCGGAAGGGAGGGCCAUGACGGUGGCUCCCACCUACCACACCCUGCCUCACCCUUCCUCCCAUGGGACGUCUCACAGUACCAUGAUGUGGGGCCCCCUGGAACCUCCAAACACCCCUAAACCGUGGAGCUUGAGCUGCCUGCGGCCCGCACCCCCACUGCGGCCCUCUGCAGCCCUCUGCUAUAAGGAGGAUCUAAGUAAAAGUCCCAAGAGUGUCAAGAAACUCCUUCCCAAGCGCAAGCCAGAGAGGAAACAGUCUGAGGAGGAGUUUGCCUUGAGGAAGAGCACCGCUGCUCUGGAAGAGGACGCCCAGAUCCUAAAAGUCAUUGAGGCCUACUGCACCAGCGCCAAGACCAGGCAGACGCUCAACUCCACCUGGCAGGGCACCGACUUGAUGCACAACCACGUGCUGGCCGACGCGGAUCGGCCCUCCGCGGACUCGCCGGGCCGCCGCAGCAGCGUGUCGCGGCCGGAGUUGAGCUCCGACCUUUCGGAGGACUCGGACUACGACUCCAUUUGGACCAGCCAUUCUUACCGAAUGGGCUCGGUGCCGCGCAAGAGCUGCAUCUCGCACCAAAACUAAAGAAUGGUCGGUGCUGCCACCUGGCGCGCUUACCUCUUUUACAAUCUGUACUAGGAUGAUUUUUUUUUCAUCUAUUUAUUCUGUUGUUUUUGUUAACUUAUUUGCUUUAUUUAUUUUUGGACAGUUUGAGGAUGUCCCCGUUGCCUUUGCCACUUUCCCCUUCUAUGUGCCUCCUCUCUUUCUGUAGCUGUCAUGCAGUAAGCGUUUGCUCGUUCCUCUUCAUUUAUCUUGAAUGUGACCCCAUCGUUUGAGCACAAACGUGGGGAACUGUCUUUUUUUUCUUCCCCGUAGAGUGAGCGUGAGAGAGAGAGAGUCGGUGGGAUUUAAAAAAAAAAGAAAAAAAAGUUGGGCGAGGGAGAGGUGACGACUCAGCUUUUCCUGUCUGAUAUUCAGAUGCAAUUCAGGAACGAGUGUAUUCUCUUUGACGGCGUGCAGCUUCUAUCCCCGUUGGUGGUUUUAGAGCGCGUAUGCUCAAACGUAUAGCACAGAUGGCACAUAAAAACACAACUUCAGCCAUAUACUCUAUGUACCCGCUGCCACUUAAUACAGCAUAAUGUCAAUUAAAAAAAUAAAAAAUAAUUCCCCCCCCCUGCCAUUCGAAUCUGCCGUCAUAAUGUAACUGAGAGAACAUACAAUUAAAACCUACUACAUUUGCUGUUGGAAACUGAAUGCCUUUUUGUGAUAGAAUGGCGUCCCACAAUUUAAAAUAUAGUUUGACAUUAUUGGGAAAUAGAAAUAGUGUCUUUUCUUUCAAGCAUUGCAUAAGAUAAAAAUCCUUGUUGUAUCGGCUGUUUACAAAAAACUGGAAGGUGGCAUCUGAGGUGUUUAAAGUGAAACGGCGGGCACGCAUACCGAGAAAAACAAAUCGUCAAAUGUGUUAUAGCCGCUGUUAUUGUGCGUGGUAUAUUGUAAGUGGCCAACACAGCACACCAAGCACAAAAAUGCAGUGCAGUAUCUCCACAGACAAUUGUGAGUCUCCUCCUCCAAAACCUGAUGCCUGUCGUGGUAGCAAUACUGACCUGUGAGAGGCAGCAUGGUGCCUCAGGGCAUCCAAAGUAGUAUUCGAAGAAGAAAUGGAAAAAGCUAGGCGAGCAGUUAAAUGAUCCGGUAACUGCAUUGCUGUAGCAAACUCUCCUUGUCAUUUUCUUGCUGUGGUGAAUGACCUGAGAUACACUCAACACAAACAUUGGCGCCUGUUUUAGUCCAGCAACAUUGCAAGCUUCAGUUCCCUUCCUGUUAGGCAAUCUUUGUGUUUCAUGUCACAAUCACAGAGUCCCUAGCGCGUCCGACCUUAGUGUUGACCGUGCACAAGGAUUUGCCCAUCGUAAAUAUUAGACAGGUUUUACAUUUACGAUUGUCAACCUCAACUGUUUUGUAAGAAGUUUGAGGAGUAAAAACUCUUUAGACACCCCACACCACUUUACCACUCAGGAGCCACACAAUAAUCGGGCCUUUGCUGACUUUGCUCCGAAGAGGAGAAAAAUGCUACAAUUGGGCCCGAUGGUCGGUGCGUGUGUACCGCACUUUAGCUAGCAACAAAGUUAGUAAGAAGUGGUAACAGAAAGAGUCCUUGUAAAAAGUUUUGGUUCAAUAUAAUGUAAAUAAAUUCAUAUGUUGAACGCAGUUUAUUUUCCAGAUUGAACCAGGCGAGCGAAUAUGCAAAGCUAACUUGUUUUUCUUGGUUUAAAUUUAGAAAUGCAUUUAUCGUUCAAACUUACUGGAAUACACAUCUCAAGCGAGAGUUGCUGUUAAACUCUCCUCCUCUAGUUUGUACGCUAGGUUAAGAUACGCCAAGCUAACUCAUAGCUCCCUCCAGCUCCAUGAAGUGGUGAAAUUGAGAAAACAAGUUUUAAAAUGAUGGUAAAGACUCAGUAGAUUUCCCAAAAUGUUCGAACAGUAAUAACUUCAAAAGCAGAAGGCUGUCAAAGGUUGACCAGGUUUGCUUAAAGUCCAAACAGACAGCCAUGGCGAGCUAACAAGCUAGCCUGUUGUUUAUUCAGCCCCAUAAAAGAGUCCGGCAUACCUCAGUGUUAUCUCUGGCUUGUGUCACUAUUUUCAUGAAGAAGUAUUUUUCCAGUGUUGGUACUAAAAAGUCUGGAAUUGGCAUCUAUUAAGAGUCAUAUAUAAUGGUCCAUGGUGCACUCUAUUUUUGUUGUAGUAAUUUUGUUUUUAAAUUAUUCUAAUCUGUAUGUCUGUCGAUGUUUACAAAAACAACCAUGGGAGAAUGAAUGUUUGUUUUUAAUUUAUUUGGACAAAAAGUGAAUUGUUUAAAAUUAUUUUCCACAAUCAUGUAACAGGGCAAUGGCUGGAGCAAGAAUGUGUCAAAUGUACUUUUUUUGGUCGUCUACCGAGAGUGUGUAUGAUAUAGUCCUUAAAGGGAGACUUGUUAAAUAUUCAGUGUUCCUGUAAAGUAAAGUCAUGUGGUGUAAAUGCUCUUCCCUCAGCGUUGUGCAAACAUUGAAGGGCCACAAAAAAAAAAUAUUUGAAGCGAAACGUUUCUAUGUAUGUACUCCGUCAAUCUCAAAAUGUGGUCCGAGUUGGGCUUAAAGUGGAUUUAUGAACUCCCUCAAUCUCAGAAUACUGCCAGAGUGUAAAGAGCACAUCAUCCAUUUCAUGUAAAUAAUAGUCAUUAAUGAGCUUGGGAAAAAAAACAAAAACCUCAUUGGGCUGUAGGAAUAUCACUGUCCUGUAUCGUGCUUUACUUUGUGACAGUUUUCAGUAUUCCGUGGAGUCAACAUUUGGCACAUGCUGGGUGAAGUCUGUCUUGAACUGUCAGUGUCCUUGACGUGCACCGUGUCUCAAUAACUCACUAACGACGCCUACAGAGUGUCUCUUCAACACUUCGGGAAUUGUUCAAGUCCCAAAAUGGCUGUAUUAUGAGUUUGGAAUAAAUCUGUAUUUGGGUAGACAUUUGGCGUCCUGGUGAUUUUGUCAUAAUUCUCUUAUUUUCGAAGGAGCACUAACUCUCAGUUUUCACCCUUUUUUUCUGGUCUGGUCUCUGCACGACUGUCAGGCGUCUGCUGCCGAAAUUGUGAUGUCAUUCAUUCAAAAAUACCAAACAAAACUCAACUGUCGGAAAAGGUGAGCCCUUUGUCAAGUUUUAAGUUUCCGAGCCCUGUUUUUG